AUGUGGCAAACACAAGGAAAAGGGAUUUUUACUGACAAUAGCAAUCCAUCGUCGUCAACAUUACAGUGUCGAAUACAAUUUCUUGAUGAUAUCGAUCCAUUUUCAAGUGUCAAUUUACCAGAACCAGCUAGACCUCCGUCCUUCACAUUUUUGACAUCAACUGUUUUAAGUAAUCAAUUACAUAGUGUACAUAAAAUUCUCGAUGCACCACAUAAAAUUUCUGAUAGUACACUUGAAUUAUGCCGCCAAGAUGGAUCUAAAACAGAAUUUGGACCUUACCUUGAAUUAGACCAAACCCUAGAUGAACAACGUGAAGAUAUUGAAGCAUUUACACAAGGGUUUAAAUGGUCAAUUGUUCUUCGUACACAGCUUAAUGUUCGAGUUCAAGCUUGCAUUGAUAAACUAUUGAAUUCAGAUGGGCGUGAAUUACGAAGAUCACUUUUUUCAUUGAAACAAAUUUUUCAAGAUGAUAAAGAUCUUGUGCAUGAGUUUGUUAAUAAUCAAGGUUUACAAUGUUUAAUAAAAAUUGGCGGCGCAGCCGAUCAAAACUAUCAAAAUUAUAUUUUACGAGCACUUGGCCAAUUAAUGUUAUAUGUUGAUGGAAUGAAUGCUGUCAUAAAUCAAAAUGAAGUUGUUCAAUGGCUUUAUUCAUUAGUAGAAUCAAAUUUUCGACUUGUUGUAAAGACAAGUUUAAAACUUUUAAUUGUAUUUGCUGAAUAUGCAGAAUCAAAUGCUUCAUUAAUUCUAUCAGCUGUAACACAAGUUGAUCAAUCAGAUAAACGUCCAUUAUGGUCGAAUGCCAUGAAAAUCUUAAACGAAAUGGAUAAUUCCGGAACGGAAGUUGUUUUAUUAAUAAUUACAUUAUUUAACACAGUUCUAUCAGUAAUACCUGAUCAAGAUACAUUUUAUGAUAUGACCGAUUCAUUAGAACAGCAAGGAAUGCAAAGAUGUACACAGUUUUAUAUCAAUAGAAAACCAAUAGAAGCAGAUCUUGUUGAACAAUUUCAAAUUUUUGACGCAGCACUUCGACGUGAAGAUGGUGAAGAUGAUUCAUCAAUUUUACAAUCAAUAAGUGCUUUAUCAUCUUCCAACAUCUUUGAAGCUCUUGUCUGGAGGCGCACACCUCGCACAAAAUCUUUGUUUGAGCGAAUGUCAUCCCGUCGUGUUUCAUCCGUUGAUUCAAAUUGUUCAUAUGAUAAUCAAGAAGAACCUACAAUAAUUUAUAAUACUAAUGAUCAAGAGAUUUCUCAAAUUCAUUUGGAUUUAACUGAUUCAACAUUGCCACAAUAUAAUGAUGUGAUCAUGUCAUCGAAUGAACAAGAUGAUUCAACCGUAUCAUUCAAUGGCGAUAUAGAUGAUGAUGGUGAUAGUGAUGAGCGAAAAACACGAGCUAAAAGUAUGAUUGAUAAUCGACAAAGUAUGCGAAGUAGUGCAUCGUAUACAUUUGAACCAAAUUUAUCAUUUAAAAAAAAAGAACAAGAAGUACCCAAACCAUUGCCAGAUAACUCAGCUAUUCGUCGAAUGCAAGAUCGAUGGGAAACAGAAAUUUUGCAUCGUGAACUUCCUCGAACAGCGCCCAAUGAAGGUACUCGUAAUCGUUGGGGAGCAAAUAAUGAUGAUUCAAGUCAUCAUCAGACAUUAAAACCAUUGACCAACCUUGGCAAUCAUAUUGUUCCGUCCAGCUCUUUUACACGUUUAUCAGCUAAUAAUGAAUCGGUUUCAACUCCAUUUAAUAAUCAAAAACCAACAAAUAAUCACAGUUCAAUUGAAACAUUAGCGCGUCAAAUUACUGUGUCAACAAUGCAUGGGAACGAUGGAUCACUAACAAACGGCCAAGCCACUAUAAUUGUCAAAGAUCCGAAAGUAAUACCAUCACCAGAACUUAUCGGUGCAGUAACACGAGCAAAAGAUGGUCAGUGA